GUUGCUUAAGGCUGGGCUUAACGCCAACUUGAUGUAGAUAAAUAGGCUGCUGGAACAUCAACACUACCUCUGAAAAACACAUUGCAGGGGAACAUCAGUAUUCUUACUCUGUUCAGAGACGUCAACAUGGAGAUCAAUUGUCGCCACUGGAACAACGUUUUGUUCAUUGUUACUGUUGCCGUUUUGGGUUUAGUGCAAAGCCAGAAUGAGGGUCCGGACCGUCGUUUAUUUGGAGCACCAGGAUCGCCGGUCCAGUUGUCUGUCUCCGACCCGACUUUACAGAAAGUCGUCAGGUUUGCCGAGGGACGUUACAAUACGGGUUCAAACGGCAUUUACCUCCGCAGAGUUAGUAAAAUCGUAUCAGCCAGUAAACAGCUGGUGAAGGGGGUCAAGUACACUAUUGUGGUGGAACUGGGAAACACAGAAUGUAAGAAGUCUACUGUGUUGGCUGACCCUGCAGUCUGCGAGUUCCAUGCGGACCCCAACAAGCUGAAGACAGAGGUUUGUGUGUUUGAAAUUUGGGACAUCCCAUGGCAGAGAAAGUCCACCAUUCUCAAACAGAAAUGCCAGCCUGCAGCUUCCUCCAAGGAGGCUAACCAAACCGAGGCUCUUCCCCUUUCACCCAGCAUGCCUGAUAAGGAGUCAGUGGGCCUGCUGUCUGCAUUUAAAGAGUUUGUAACCAGAUACAACCGUAGCUACAGCAGCCAGGAAGAGGCGGACAAGCGGCUGCGGGUCUUCCGGGAGAACCUGAAGACGGCUCAGAUCCUGCAGUCUCUGGACCAGGGGUCAGCAGAGUACGGGGUCACCAAGUUCAGUGACCUCACAGAGGAGGAGUUUCGUUCGCUGUAUCUGAACCCCCUCCUGAGCCAGCAGAACCUCCAGCGCUCUCUGAAGCCUGCGGCCCCCGCACGCAACCCAGCUCCCCCCAGCUGGGACUGGAGGGAGCAUGGAGCUGUCGGCACAGUCAAGAACCAGGGAAUGUGUGGGUCGUGCUGGGCCUUCUCAGUUACUGGGAACAUUGAGGGUCAGUGGUUUCUGAAGAGCGGAGAGCUGCUCUCUCUUUCUGAGCAAGAGCUGGUGGACUGUGAUAGGCUGGACCAGGCUUGCGGGGGUGGGCUGCCGUCCAACGCCUAUGAGGCCAUUGAGAAGCUCGGCGGACUGGAGACGGAGACGGACUACACCUACACAGGACACAAGCAGAACUGCGAUUUCUCCACCGGCAAAGUGGCGGCCUAUAUCAACAGCUCUGUGGAGUUGUCCAAAGAUGAGAAUGAAAUUGCUGCGUGGCUGGCAGAGAAUGGACCAGUUUCUGUGGCUCUCAAUGCAUUUGCCAUGCAGUUCUACAGGAAAGGGGUGUCCCACCCCCUGAAGAUCUUCUGCAACCCCUGGAUGAUCGACCAUGCAGUGUUGCUCGUGGGAUAUGGACAUCGUAAUGGGAUCCCGUUCUGGGCCAUUAAGAACAGCUGGGGCGAGGACUAUGGAGAGGAUGGCUAUUACUACCUCUACAGAGGGUCCAGGCUGUGUGGGAUAAACAAGAUGUGCUCCUCUGCUGUGGUGAAUUAAACAACGCCCAUCUGCAGUGAUGGCUCACCAGCACCGCUGGCUGACAUGCAUACAGAUAUAGCUGCAGGCUAGUAAAAGUUCUACCUACUCACUUACAUACCCACUACCAGCCACAAAAGCUGCUGUGUACUGCCUCCCUCCAGAAAAAUCUGGACUCAGAUGUCAGUGGAGGGAUGUUACCAUGAACAACAAGUAAACACUGGAAAGAUAAACAAAACGUUACAGUUUUAAACAGAAAUAUGCUAAAAACAUUUAAAGAAGGGACUAAUUGCUGAUUAAGGAUAGAUUUAAGUAAUUUUACAAUGCUUUGACUAGAAUACAUUUCUUGGUUUAGUGUUCAGGGGAAAAGGAGGAUAUAUUGGAGUGAGUUUAGUCAUAACACAAUUACCAUUUCAUCCAAUGUACAUUAUAUAUUGGCUGUUUUAAUAUCUGUUACUUCUAUAUAACGCACUGUUAAUGUCUUUAGAUGGGCAGACAUUCCUUUUCCGAGAUGUCAAAUUGUAGGCUACUGUGCAAUAUAUUGGGUUUUCGUAGGCCUGUUUAGAUGUGCAAUGUGAAUUCAGUUAUUUAAAGAAAUUAAAAUAAGUGUUUCCUCUGCAUUUGAAAUUAAGUGUCAUAUUAUUGGUUCCCAAACAAAUGUCUGUAGAAAGCACAUUGCAGUGAUUUGCUCUGACUGAAAUCAGUUUUUAUUUUUCUUGGAAUAAAACCCUAUUGUUCCCCCCA